AUGUGAGCAUACUGUGGUAAACACAAGUGAACGAGACUGCUUGUUCUUCUACACAGGCGCUACAUCCAAAUCUAUGGACAUUUACGUCCCAAAGUCUACAGUGUUGGUAUAUGUGUCUGUAGGUACAAGGAAAGCCACGUGGUGACAGCACGAGCCAGUGUGACAGUGAUCCACCCAGAUCUGGGAUGUUUAAUCAGCUGCAUAGAGCUGCAGAAGUACUGUAUAAUACUCCUGUAUGCAGACUAUGGACGCAGCCCAGUCGGGAGUGUCAAGGCUCGGGCAGACGCCCCCGAUCUGCAGCGCUGCUUCUUCCAGCUAAGCGCCUUAGGAAUGGACCCUGUCAUCCUUCUGGGGGGAUUUUCAGCUUUUCACGCCCUGUACCCUUUCCUCUGCACAUCGCACAUGGCACUGGUGGAACCAGAGAGGCAUAUGCUCACCAUUUACCCAUCAGAGAUUCUGGAAGGCACUCUCUAUCAGGGCUCUGCCACCCAGGCUUCAAACUACCGGAUCAUCAGGAACCUCCACAUCACUCAUGUGGUCAACGCAACCGCCAACUGCCCCGAUGCAUUCCCCAACAUAUUGAGCUACCUGCGACUGAGGCUGACCGACGACGGCCAGCAAGAUCUGGUGGAAGCGUUGCAGCUGGCGUCCAGGUUCAUCACCGCCGCGCUGAAGGCCAAGCCGGCCGGCCGAGUCCUGGUUCACUGCAGCAUGGGGCGGAGCCGCAGCUCGGCGCUGACGCUGGCGUUCCUCAUGCAGCAUCGACAUUGGUCGCUGCUUCACGCCCUGCGCUGGCUGAAAGAGAGAAGAGCGUGCACGGCACCCAACUUGAACUUCCUGCGCCAGCUGUUGACCUAUGAGGAGCAGCUGUUCGGAAGCAGACUCACGUCGCUGGAUGACAUCCGCAGAUGACUGAAGCGAGAACGAAUACCCUGCUUUGUGUUUUGUCCUACAAUCACACUGAGAGAAAGUGGACUGUAGUUUUUCAUGAAAGGUUAGAGCACAGUGGAGUCUCUCAAGUCAAACGCCUCUGAGGAUGAACAAUUCAAUAUUUAACACCUAUUUUAUGGAAAAUGUGGGGUGUGAAAGGCACAGAAAGAUUAUAAUCAUCACCGUGCCGGACUUUGAGUUGUACAAUGUUCAGGAGGACCUGCUUAUGUCGACUAUCUCUUGCAGUUAGUUUAUGUGGCAUGUUGUAGUAUUGUUAACCUCCUCGUCACCACUAAGCUGAGUGAAACAACAGCAACAUAAUUAGGCUAGUUGUACAACAUGCACACAGUGACUUCCUGUUCAGUGCAAAGUAGGGCUUUCUUAAAAUAAUGUAGUCUACUAUUUCACCAUUCCUUUUGGAAGAGUGGGAUUCGCUUCCGUUGGACGGAGGCAAAUUGACUACCCUACAGCAGGCGUGUUUGGAUUGAUGUUAUGAGAUGUGUGAUGCGUCACAACUCACAACUGACAUUGGGACCAUGUUCAACCUACAAAUCUAUCUAAAUAUAUUGCAAUAUUUUCUAAAUGUAUAGAUAUUACAUACAGGGCAUAUUUUACCCUACUAUAACUACAGUUGACUGUGGGGAAAAAGUUGUUCUGUACAAGGGAUGGGUACUUCUUUUCGGCACGGAACGGAUCCCGCCAAUCUUUCUGGCCACUCAAUCACGUGAAAUCCAACAAUGCCAUUUUAAGGUUAAAGGGUUAAGCGUGGCGUCGCGCCCGAUUGCCGUUUCCACUUUGGCACUUAACGAUAACCUCAGCAGCACCGAGAGAGGCCUCAGCCAAACUACUUCUAGGUAAUGUUGCAAAUUUCAAUGCCAACAAAGAAAUGGACUCAAAAAAUUCUCCAACAUAAGUAAAGUGCAAGCUUGAUGCUCAUAUACAUUGGCUUUGACAUGCUAGCAAUUAGCAUUGGCAAUGACACAAAGCGAUUUUCACACCUUCAAAUGUGUUAAAAACAGUUGGUUUGUAAAUAAAUGGUUUAUAGCACUUUUCUACCUUCAAGGUACUCGAAACGCUUUGACACUAUUUCUACAUUCACACGCUGAUGGCGGGAGCUGCCAUGCAAGGGUGAAGUGUCUUGCUCAAGGACACAACGGACGUCACGAGGUUGGUAGAAGGUGGGGAUUGAACCAAGAACCCUCAGGUUGCUGGCACAGCCACCGUCCCCAUAAUAAGUACAUUACUUACACUAUUAGAACUCUUAAGGCACAAUAAAAGACCAAAUUCAGCACAGACUGAACUGACUUGCCAACACACCAACAACUAUACACUACUGCCAUCAAAUGUCUUAGACUUGCAACUUUAAUUGCAACUUAUUGUUGCAAAUGAGACUCAUAUAGGUGAUGAUUAAACAAGAUAUAACAACUCCACAGCAGUUAUCAUAAUUUGCUCAUUUUGAAUAUUGCAUUAAAAAAAUUCAAAUUAAAUUUUCAAAAACAAUUCAUAUUUAUCAAUAAACACAAAAGUACUGAAAAUUGGCACCGGAGUCGAUUUCCAAUGAGCAGGAAUUGUAGUGAACGGUACCUACCCAUCCCUAUUCUGUACUGUCCCAAAAAUACAUUGUCAUACAAUUUAAUGUUGCAUUUUCUGUUUAAUCCCAGUCAGCAUCAAGGGGUUGGAAUUGGGGGUUAAAUCACCAAAAAUGAUUCCCGGGCGCGGCACCGCUGCUGCCCACUUCUCCCCUCACCUCCCAGGGGGUGAACAAGGGGAUGGGUCAAAUGCAGAGGACAAAUUUCACCACACCUCGUGUGUGUGUGUGACAAUCAUUUCUACUUUAACUUUACUUUUCAUUCUGCUCGACAAUAGAUGUCAGAAUAUGCUCAGCAAUAAAGGGUAUCUAUAAUUUUCCACAA